AUGGCCGGAGAUUGCCUGAAAGCUCCUCUUCUGGACUCGGAGCAUCUCAGAGACGCAUCUAACGAAGCCGAAGUUAUAGUUAACAUCAACGGCUACGAUCGGUCCACCAUUCAAAGCUUCUCUAAGAGCAACAACCAUGCCGGCCAUGAGGAACAGGCGAAGGUCAUUGAGGAUCAGAAUCCCUUCGAUUUUAUCGGUGCCGGAAGUUUCUCCGUGCCUCCGCUAACGACGAUCGAUCCGUUUCGGAACAACACCCCCAACAUCGAAGCGUUGUACGAAUGGCUGAAGAUUUUGGUGUGCAUUCCGAUUGCGAUUGUUCGGCUUAUCUUGUUUGGGCUGUGCGUUGCGGUGGGAUACAUCGCCACAAAAUGUGCUCUACAGGGUUGGAAGGACAAGCAGAGUCCCAUGCCCAAGUGGAGGUGUAGGAUCAUGUGGAUCACUCGCAUCUGUUCUCGUUCCAUUCUCUUCUCUUUCGGAUAUCACUGGAUUAAGCGAAUAGGAAGACCCGCUCCAAGGGAGACAGCUCCUAUUGUUGUAUCUAAUCAUGUAUCAUACAUUGAUCCCAUUUUCUUUUUCUAUGAAUUAUUUCCAACCAUUGUUUCUUCUGAGUCACAUGAUGCGAUGCCCUUUGUCGGAACAAUCAUCAGAGCAAUGCAGGUUAUUUACGUUAAUAGGUUUUCAGCAUCAUCAAGGUCACAUGCUGUUAGUGAAAUAAAGAGAAAAGCUUCAUGCAAUGACUUUCCUCGCGUUCUAUUGUUUCCUGAGGGUACCACAACUAAUGGGAGGGUCCUUAUUACUUUCCAACUUGGUGCAUUCAUUCCUGGUUAUCCAAUCCAGCCAAUAGUUGUUCGUUAUCCACAUGUGCACUUUGAUCAGUCUUGGGGGAAUAUUUCUUUGGCAAAGAGCAUGUUCAGAAUGUUCACCCAAUUUCACAAUUUCAUGGAGAUUGAAUACCUUCCCAUUGUUUCACCUCUUCAGAACCAAAAAGAAAGUGCUGCCCAUUUUGCUGAAAGGACCAGCUACACUAUGGCAAGUGCACUCAAUGUUGUACAAACAUCUCAUUCUUAUUUGGAUUCAUUGCUUGUAACAGAAGCCUUGAAGUCAAAACAGGAGAAAGCUUCAACUUAUAUGGUGGAAAUAUCUAAGUCAUUUAACAUAAGCACAUCAGAAGCUAUGGAUUUUCUGGAUAAGUUCCUUUCUAUGAAUCCAGACCCUAGUGGGCGUGUCAAAAUCCAUGACUUCUUGAGGGUUCUAAGGCUGAGAGCAAGUCCUCUUUCUCAGAAGAUCUUUGGAUAUCUGGAUGUGGAAAAGCAGGGAUCAGUUACAUUUAGACAGUUCUUUUUUGGAUCAGUGCAUAUCCUAAAACGGCCAUUUUUCUGGCAAGCCUGUGAAUCAGCUUUCACUAAAUUUGAUGGCCAAGGAUCUAUUUAUGUAUCACAACAACAGUUACAAGAUUCCCUUAAGAUGGCACUGCCAGGUCUGAGUGAAGAGGAGGUUGGAGAAUUGUUCAAUAUAUUCGAUACUGAUAGUGAUGGAAGGGUUAGCAAAGAGGAUUUUAUGACUUGCUUAAGAAGAAACCCAUUGCUAAUAGCCCUUUUCUGUCAUGGUUCAGCAUCCGAGGGCUUAUUGCAGAGGGAAGGGAACCUGGAGGUUGUGUGACAGUCAUGGACAAAAAUUUGGUCUUAAAGUAGUCAAUAGUGAUUCUUUAGCC